UAAUUAUUUAUUUGCAGUUUGGAUCUGCACGAAAGUCUCAUCAAUCAAUCUUUUCGUCAGAAAUUUACACAAUAUAUUUAUUUUAAUAAAGGAACUGCAUAAAUAUUUCAACUAUGAAUAGUAUCGGAGAAGAGUGUACGGAAUUGAAGAAAAAAUACGACGACUGCUUUAAUACUUGGUUCACUGAGAGAUUUUUGAAGGGUGACCACGAUGAUUCCAUGUGUGCAGGGAUUUUCAAAGUCUAUCAAGAAUGCGUUAAGAAUGCUAUGAAACAUCAGAACAUUGAUUUCAAAGAAAUUGACAAGGACAUACUAGGUACUGAAAAUGAAUAUAAAGUUCCCCCAGAGAACUCAAGUUGACAGAAAUUCAACUUUCUAUGUGCUUUAAACCCUGCAACAUGUUGGAGCAUUUUCAAUGGCAAUCUGAAAUCAUAUCUGAAUAACAAAUUAGAAUAUGACAAGACAACAAGCAAAUAAUUUAUGUGAUUAAAUGAAUGGUGUGUGUUGUAAAGAUUUGUUGAACUUGUAAAUUUUAUUUAUUUUUUGGAAAUGUAACUGUAAACCUUAUAGCAUUGCAUUUACUAAAGUAACAAUUUUGUGAGACAUUUGUUAGUAUUAUGUAGGUGGAAGUCUAUGUGUUCUUGGUAUAUAAGUGUAUGUGUAACAUAUGUGCAGUAUUGUGC